AUGGCGCGGACGGCGCCGCGUUGGCCCGCGGGCGGGAAGUUGUCGCCCGCGACGAGCCGCUGGGGCAGCCUGCCAGCGGACGCGCCGCCGACGGCGCCGCGGCCCGCGGGCGCGGGCCGCGGCGGCGCCGUCGAGGCGCGCCGAUCUGCUGCGCUGGAGGCCUCUAACGGCGCCGCGCGCUCCGAGCUGGAGGGCCUGCGCGGCGCGGGCGCCCGAACCCUGGCUUGCGACGGCGAUGCGCACUCCGAGCCAGAGGGCAUGCGCGGCUUGGGCGCUCAAACCCGCGACCGUGCCGCGCACUCCGAGCUGGAGGGCCCGCGCGGCGCGGGCGCCCGAACCUUGGCUUGCGACGGCGCCGCUGCGCACUCCGAGCUGGAGGGCCUGCGCGGCGCGGGCGCGCGAACCGCAGCCCGCGACGGCGCCGCGGGCCCACCACGCGGCGCGGGCGCGCCGCGUUCUCCGCGGGUUGUCUUCGAGAGCGGCGCGCACGGCGCUGCCGCAGUCGCUGGCCCCAAGUGCCUGACGGAGGACCAGAGGUCCCUGCUGCUGGCGCGCCUCGGCCAGAGGCUGCGGGGCGCCUCCGCGGCAGUGCCAGGGCGUUGGAGCCCGGCAGAGCUGGCGCCGGCGUUCGAGGCCGCGGCCGGGGGCGGCAGCUCUGGCGCGCCUCCAGGGCCGGCGAGGGCGGACGCGGAGAAGCGGCUGAAGGAGGUGCAGCGGGAGCUCCUGCGCGCGCGGCUGGAGACGGCGCAGCGCCGCGUGGCGCUCCUCCGCGGCCGCGUGGCCGCGACUGGCGCGGGCGGCGAGGCCGCGGAGGCUCCGGCCGAGCUCUGUAGCAAGGGCGACAAGCCUGACAUUGCCGAGCUCGCCUGUCAGCCGUCCUUCGUGGACGCCGUCACGGACGGAUGGAAGUUCUCCAUGGCCCCGCACAUGGUCGAGCUCCACAUACUUGGGCCGCGUGCUGCAGCGCUGCAUGGCUGGUGGGCCCCAAAGGCGUUGAAAGAUGAGGCUAAGGAGAAGAAAACUGAGAUCUCCUGCGCGCGAUGCAUACAAGGCAUGCAAGACCAGGUGGGCGAGCUCAUCGCGAACAGCAUUGCUAUGAAGAGUUGCCCGUUCGACGAGGUGGUUGCAACUGCAGCUGCUGAGCAGCCGUUUCCUUGCACCGAGUACCUCCACGACAUCGCGCUGUUCGUGAAAGAGCGCGGUUGCAUCGGGGACCUGGCACGGGAGCGCGACGCGUUCACCAGGGACCACGUCAGUAUUGCGGCGGUGGGUGAGCUCGACGCGCGGAGCGCUAAGUACUUGACUAAGUGCAGGGACGUGGAAUGCGCAGGAGAAGACUACGCGACCACAAGCGACAUCGCCAAUGAGUUGGAAUUCCUCAUGAAGCUUGACCAGUAG